CCUCGGCCUCCAGGCUCUCGGAAAUGUGGAUGCUCGGGGCACAGCCCAUGCUGGCGGCGGCGCCGCGGACACGCUGGCAGGUAGCCGCGAUCCGGUCAGCAAACGGCCCACCCGGCGCCUCGGGACCGCCGCGGGCGCCGUGUCAUCGCCGCCUGGGCGGGCGGCGGCUAGCGCGGAUCUCGCGUCAGGAAGCGCGGCCGCCUCUUUUAUCGCGGUGCGGGCGCUGCGGCGGCGGCGGUGGGAAGGGAGCACUGAGGCGGGUGGCGUGCCGCGGCCGCCCCUCCGAACAUGCCCUUCCUGAGGCAGGAGCCGCCGGCCGCCUCCCUCACAUCGCCGCGCUCGCCUCGGCCGCGCUUCCGGGGAAAUACGGGGGAGGAGAUUUGCGCUCUCCUUACCCGGGAGCGGCUGAGUCCACGCCGCGCGAGCCACGCCGCCCUCGCCGAGCUGCGGCGCGACCCCCGGGGGAGGCGAGCUCCCGGCCGCGCCCGGCCCCGCUCCCGCUUCCGCUCCCGCCGCCGCCGCCGCCUCCCGGGCUCCAGACUCCGCCUAGCUUUGGACACCCACGCCGCUCCGCCCGCUGGGCCGCCGACUCGCGGAAAAGCUCCCCAGGCCAAGCGCCGGUGGGGCACAAGGCCAGCCUUAGAUGCUCCCGCUGGCCGGGGUUAAGGCGCGGGGUCCUAGGGAAGCCCCUAAGGGCGGCCGGGCCACGUCCGCCGGGAUAGGGAGGGGCGCACCUCGGCUCCAGCGGGGCCUGGGGCCGCACCGUCGAGAAGCGCAGAAACGGCUGCGCGCACCCGGGAGUUACUGGCGGUUUGGCUCCGGCUCCGUGAUCCCGGCCGGGUUUUGCUGGCAGCGCGCUGCGCCCAGCCCCCAGCGGUGACCUCCUGCGGGUGCUGGCGUCAAUGCAAAGCAGCUGGGGCGCCAGCAGCCUCCUCUGGGCGCUGCCCGCAACUGAGCAUGCGCGGCCACGACCCGCGCGGCGCCCGACUGGGCUACCCAGAGAAGGAGAGAGACUUGCCCAGGGACACACAGCCACCUCCGUCCCGAGGCCAUCAGAACCCCAACCGCCAACUUCGAAUUCCGGCUCCGUAACUUAGCGGCUAGGUGACCUGGGUGGGGUCACCAUGUGUGAGCCUUGGAGCUGUUACCCAGAAAAGAGACCGGUGGAAAGACCUCCUUCGGUGGGGGUGGUGAAAGUCAAACUAGGGCGCCGCGCGCCGUGUCCUGUGUGGGUGGGGCCUGGGCGUCUGCGAGAAGCCACAGUCCGCGUGCGCUCCCUCUCAAGCCAAAACCUGGCGCGCCACGCCUCGGACUACACAGGCUCCGAGCCGGCAGCAAAGCUACAGCUCGGUGCAGGCUGCAGGCGCCCGUCCUCCUGUCAUUUUAACCAAAGGGCUAGUCCGGCGUCCGAGACCCCAAAGCCAGGGCCAGGGGAAGGGGCGGUGUACGCAUUGCAGGCCUGGGGCUUAAUGAGGACCCCAGACACGCCGGACACGCACACAGCCACCAGCUUGCUGUGUGAGCUGGGGCCAGUCGCUUAAUUUCCUGGUGGCUGGGGCUCCUCCCCCACCAGCUGGAGGGCGGUGCCCCUGGGCGUCCAUCCUGUAUCCUGUAGCUGGCUACCUCGGACCCCCGUCAGUCUUCCCGUCCUCCCUAAGCUCCGGGUUUUCGGAGACCCUGGCGCGGUGCAGCCGUCUCUUUCCUGUCCUUUCCCACCGUCCACACCUUUCCUAGCCCGGCCCUGGAGCGACCCUGAGAGGCAGCCGCUCCCGCCUCGGGCCUGGCUACUGUAAAGAUCCGGAGGCGUGCUGCAGGCUGGAUUCCCUGCUGUCGCGCAGGGGUCCCUGCUGUGGAGCUGGGACUGCAGCACAGGUUCAGGUGCCGGGUCCCCGGAGCCUCCAUCUUCCUGGCCCGAGCAGGGUAACCCGAGAGUACCUUACUGGCCAAACUGCCACUGGCACGUGGCUCUAUUACGAAGUUUAAGCACAGUAAGCAAUAUUAAUAUACCUCUCUGCCUUAUAAAAGUACUACUGGCUUGGUGAAGUGUCUUAAAAAAGAAAAGAUUUUUAAACAUCACUCCUUAUUGCACCUAAAUCGUAGAAUUUUUUUCUGCCUUUGCUCUGCAGUUUUAAGAGGUCUUCUUUCUAGGUAGAAUCUGGAGCUCUGUAAAUAAAGGAUGCUUAAUGGAGAAAAUGCUUUGAGCCGCCAGAGUUCAUGGAAGUUUAAAGCGCUACCUCUCCUCCCCGCCCCGCAGAGUCGUCCGGCCUUGACGACUCCCGGCAGCGCUGACCUUGCCGCUUCUGAGGCUCCAGGCAGCUCCGGUCCUCUCGGCCCUCCCCUGCUAGGCAGGACCUCCCUUGUUAGUCCUUGGCCACGCACUAAAUGAGGGGGUUGGGGACUAGGGCUGGGGGAUCAGCUGGCCUGAAAACCCCCGUGUGCCCCGCGGCACACCUCGCUGACUGCCCGGACUGCCUUGUGCUGUCCUGAACUGGUCACUUACCCUCUCUGUUCCCAGAAAGCUGUAACUGAUUUCCAGCUCUGCAAUUUUGGGACCCUAGACUUAGAGACCUGGGGCUAUGAAUGAUGCAGAAGCAGAUAGGAAAGAUAGGAGUCAUCUGCCUGCUUCUGGAGUCUCAGUCCGUUUUUUCCCAUACCCAGAACCUCAGCCUGGGAUACUCCAGGAAGUCACAGGCCCUUCCUCUCAGCUCCAACCACCUAACAUCAAUUCCACCCCACCUCUCCUCCCCUGGCUCUAACCUGCACCUUGAGGUUCCUGAACACUUCUCUACCCUGUCACAGUGGACAGAAAAUGGGUCACACUGACAGAAGUAACCCAAACGUCACUGGCAUGUGCCACCCACUAAAUCACCCAGGACUCCCAGGCCCCUGCAAAGAAUCCUGUUCCUACCAGGUGUCUAGAGGGCUCAUGAACAAUCCCAGUACUGCUGAAAGCUGAGAGCCUUCAAGAUACUUAAUAAUGAAGCACGAAAACACUCCUCAGGGCUGGGACUCAGCAGGUGUAUUUUUGAAUAUCCUAAGAGCAAGAAACACUUUACUGGAACAUAACUAACGGAACUGGAAAUAAAACGAGGGGCAACAACCAUCGCUGCUAUUAUCUAAUGUUGUCAAGAUGUUCUGAGAAGUGCAAUGAGACAUGACUUAGAAACUGGAAUGCAGAUGUUGGGACCAGAGAUAACAUUCAUCAUUAGUUGCAGGUGACAUGACUUUAUGUCAAAGAUGCUUGGCAAUCAACUCAAAAGUCAUUAAGACAAAAGAGUUCUCUAAAGUGGCCAGAUUCGAAGUAAAAAAGUUUAUGUCACUGCUACUGUAUUCUAGAAAUAUUCAAUUGGGAAAUAAAAUUUUUUAAAAAAU